AUGUAUGCUGAUGACACAAAUAUAACUGUUGAUUCAGUUGGUCUUAAUAAUUUGGAAAAAACCCUCAAUCAUGAAAUGAGCAAUAUUCAUCAAUGGCUCGUCUCAAACAAAUUAACAUUAAACGUAGAAAAAACAGAGUAUAUGGUCAUUGGAACUCACAAAAGAUUGAGUAGAUUUUCGAAAGAUAUCACUGUGUCCAUUGAUGGCAAAGCAAUUAAACAA